GUCAUAGAUCGACCUGUAAAAAAUUAUUACUGCAUUAAACCUGGAUUUUUUUUCACAUUUUGCAACUCGCCUAAAUGCAUGUGCGUUUUCCUUCAUUGCAUUUUACGCAAUAUUUUACACGAUAAUUAUGAAAAUUCUUAUUAAUAAAUCCUCCACUCCGCCCAGAGCGAACGAGUGGAGGGGAGUAUAAGAAGAGGAGGAAAAGGAAAAGUGAUUGGGAAUUCGAAUCGCAUAAUACGGCUCGUUAACACGUUUGAAUUUUAUAAAGUGUGUCAAUUGGUUAUUUUUUUCGUAUCGUGCCUACUUGACUAUGGCCCCUUAAAUAAAUGAGAGGAGAAUAUCCCGGCCGCAUGAUACUCUAUUGCAAGUUGUGAAGAGAUGCUCUCUGCGACGUCGUGCAGAAAGCUUGUGAUUGGAAAUUUUAACCCCUCGGAAAAUGACCCUUCAACAUAUGCCCUUAUAUACAAAAGGAGGAAUAAGAUGCUUCGAUCACCCUUUAAAUGAUGACGUGCUUUAUGCAAGGUCCACCACGAGGAAUGGAUCACCUGCGGAAUAACGACAAAUUCUAAUUGUUUUUUUUACGAAACAGGUUUCAUUUCAUUCAUUCCCGAUGGCAGAAUGUAAAAAUAAGGUUGCAUGUGUGUCGCUUGUGAUGAUCUCACAAGAUUGAAUGAUUCGAGAUGGAAUAUUUGAACAAUUAUGAGGCGACAAUGUGGAUAUCAAUUUGGAAUUUCCUACUUCUUAUGGAAUGCAAUUCAACUCAUUUUUAGAUUUAAAUUCCGGGCGUGUUUUCCAGACUUCUAAAAAUUAUCGUUUUUACACAACUGACAGGGACAAUAUGUAACUGGAUAUGGACAAUAUCGUAAAUGCAACUUAACGUUGUUUUCAGGGUUUAUAUGGACAAAAUAUUUAGGCAUUUAGGAUAUUUAAAUAUUUAGGAGGAUAAUGUGCAUGAAUGCAUGGAUAAUAUGCUCUCAACUUCGUCAUAGACCAGCAGGACAAAGACGUCACUUUCCCCUCUCGUCAGAUUUUUGCCAGUGCGGGAACCCACUCACAGAUUUAUUUCUGUGCAAAUAAAACGACUUCUUCCGUGAGUGAGAAUUCAUCUCGGAAUCUGAUUUCAUCGUUUUAAUUUAUGUGACCUUUUUUAGUGAGCAUUGUCCAGAAUGGCGGCGACCACCGACCAAAUUGGUCGCGACUUGGACGACGAAUUACACUUCAUCUCCUGGAACAUGAACGGUUUACGGACCUUCAACAUGUCAGAAGUCUUGACGAAACGUGUCGGAACAAUGAAUUGUUCCAUUUUAGCCAUCCAGGAAACCAAAUUGACUCGAAAUAUGCUCGAAGCAUCACAAGCCUGUGUUGACGACUAUUCGUCAUACUUCUCAUUCAGCAAGAAUCGUUCGGGCUACUCGGGAGUCGCAAACUAUUGUCACACCACUGCCACUCCGAUUCGGGCUGAGGAGGGCAUCGCAGGGUCAAACUUUCAACCCGCAUACAAAGUUGACCUUCCCAUCGCCGUGGGGAACUAUCCGGACAUAGGGGAGGAUCAAAGUGCGGAUGCCAAGUAUGGGGAUAACGAUGGACGAACCGUCAUUACGCAGCAUGUCGUUAUCGAACCCGACGGGAGUGAAAAGCUACUGAACGUUAUUAAUGUUUACUGUCCCCGGUUGCGAGAUGAUCCCUCGGAUCCUGUCAACAAUCGCCAGUUUAAGCUCAAUUUUCACAACUUUUUGACUGAAAGGGCACGAAAUAUGGUGAAAAGUGGGCAGUUUGUCGUCAUCAUGGGCGAUUUAAAUGUUUCCCAUAAACUAGAGGACCAAUCUGAUGCUACCGAUCCGAAGCAAUUUGUCCACCACGAAUUCCGCCAAUGGUUGGACCAUCUCUUGUCGAAAGAUGAAGAAAGCGGGGUCUGUUUUGUGGACACUUUCCGAUCCAAACACCCCGACCGACCAGGCAGUUUUACCUGUUGGAAUACACGCUUAAACGCGAGACAAAACAACUACGGAGCUCGGAUCGACUACAUCCUGGUAGACUCUUGGUUCUCAAAAUAUCUCAGGGACGCCCAAGUCCAUCAAGACAUCAUGGGUUCGGACCACUGCCCCAUUUCGGCAACCUUCCACUCGAUAAGAUUCAAAGCCAAUACGUUUAUUCCUCGCACCGCGUCGAAAUUCUAUGCACAGUUUUGUCACCGACAGCCCAAACUCAACGAUCUCUUCAAACCAAGUGACGUCCAAGCAGCUAGAACCACUGCCAUCCAGAAUGAGAUUGAUCGUAAGAAACGCAUCCUCAAACAGUCCAGCCUCGCCUCGUUUCUCGUUAAGAAACCCAAGCUUGAAGAGCCUAAUCUUACUGGGCCAGAAAAUGAUCAGAAUUCCAUCACCAAAUCCACGCCAAACGACGGGAGCAGCGGAUUCAUUAAGGAAGUUAAUGCUGAAUCCGUGUCUGCGUGGCGCCUCCUCUUCAAACCUCCAGACACUCCAACGUGCACGGGUCAUGGGGAAAAGUGCAGUUUACGAACGGUCUCGAAAGAAGGGGUCAACGUCGGCCGGCAAUUUUGGGUGUGUCCUCGCGGCGUGGGAAAACCUGGGGAUAAGAACGCGAGCUGCAAUUUCUUCAAAUGGGUCAACUCCAAGGCGUCUUAACUAUCAAAUACUUUACUCAAAUCCGUAACCUUAGCAAAUCAUAGACUUGUACAAAGUUACGAAUACGUAAAUUUAUGUAUCCAACCUGAAUUUUUCGCACUUUUGCAAACUUUCCAUAGCCUGGUCUGACCAAAGUGAUGAAGUGAAUGCAAGUCUGUCUAAUAAAUUUACCAACUUUUCCUCCUAUUA